AUGGUGGCUGUCAAAACACUCUUGUUUUUCUGCGCAAUAGGCGCCCAGGCUUGGGCUGCUGGUUUAGGCGCAACGGGCGUUGUCUGCUCCACCAAACUCGACACUGUUUCAAUCGCACCGAAUCAAAUACCGACAUCGACUGCCACUGUCGUUAACAAGAUCACUGUAAUCAAGAAAGUCGUUCGAAAAGUCAACGUGGUUGUCGUUCUCAAAGCAAAGACGACAACCAUUCGCACCACCUCUGUUAUUACGACUACAACGACAGCUGACCCAAGAGUCGGGACCGCAACUAGCAUAAUUACUUCCGAAAUUACUGUUUACAGCACCCAAACGAGUACUUCUGUAACGACAAGCGACAGCACAACCGUUACGACCAAAUAUGUGACAGAGACAGUGCCGACUGUUCCUGGAUGGAUUGCUAUCAAAUCCGAGUCACGUUAUGUUCCAAGACACAAGGUUCGAGCCGAGGUGGACGAUGGGGAGAUCCAAGAUUCAGUUGAACCGACGCCUGUUCUAUAUGCGCAGAGGGUGGACUGCGUGAAAAAGAAGCCUACUACUUCAAUCAAGACCGUCACUACAAAGGUUCAGGGCAAAUGGGUGACACUUAAAGCUGCCACCAAGAGUGUCAUGUCGACUAUUGUGAAGGUUUCUACUGUUACCGAGUAUCCGCCUGAUCUUAGUACUACUGUCACAUUAACUGUUUAUCCCACGACGACAUCUUGGACAGAGACUACUUCAGUUUCGACUGUGGUGCAGACUGUCGUGGUGGAAUCGCAGAUACCCAUCGCAACCGAGUAUGCUGCCUGCCAGGACAGCAACAUCCUCAUGACAGCCAAUGGUGGAAAAGUCAUUACAGCUACAUCUCCUGCCGAUAUCGACUCGCUAUUCACAUACAAUAUAGGUGCUGGCUAUACAGCAACUUCAUGCUGCGAGGCGUGUCACAAGAACCCAUCUUGUCGGUACAGUCGUUUCAUCGAAGCAGAAAGCAAAUGCAUUAUACAGAUCUACCCCGUGCGAAACUGCCCGACUGGAGAACUGUACAAGCAACAGGCUGUUGGAAGAUACUUUACGAGCGUCAAUACUCUGAUCAAGUCCAAAGGCUUCUAUAGUAAUGGGCCCUGUGGUUAUUUUUAUGAUGGUGGGACUGAUAGUUAG